GGCAUCUGCACGGUGUUGCUUGUUUGUCCCUUGUGGCGUCCCGUACUGUGGGUGUCGGACUAUUUUCUUAGUGAGGAAGACAGCGGAAUUGGGGCGAUGUGCUGUUAUGUGCACCGGGUCAGCCUCCCAGGGUCAGCCCAAGUUCAGAAUGUGGCGAAAAAAUGAAAGAACGGCGAAAAGCAUCCCGUCGUAACCGAGGUCAGUUGCUGUUGUUGAAAAAGCUAUGGACAACGCGAUUUGGAUCGUUUAGAAAUUUUUGGCAAAAGGGAAUUGUGUCGUCGUCCGAGAGGAGGGCUGCUGACAACAGGAGAAAAUCGGUCCUUUCUAAAGGGCUACAGUUGAGGAACAGCGUGCACAACCUGCUAAGAGAAGAGGGGUUUGCUCCAGAAAGCAAGAAAAACUUUUUACAGGCAUUUUACAAGAGGCAUCCGAGACGGAGUGCACUUCGUUACUCUUUAUAUAGAAGUGUGCUAUGCAGGAGAAAGAUUAACCGCCAGUUGUGCUCCUUAGCACAGGUCAGCAAUGAAGCAAAGUAUCUGGUGACCUUAGAAGGAAGGUUAAGCAAUCGUGCUAGCAAUAAGAAAGAUUUUCUGCUGACUACGAAGCAUGAUGAUGAUGAUGAUGAUGAAAACACCAAUAUAUCUGUAACCUUUAAUAGUCAUGCAAAACUUCCUUCCUAUAUAUUAAAACCUCGAUGCUUUGAUGGUCUAUGGCUGUCAAGAAACUGCAGUUUGUUUUCUGAAGGAAAGGUACCUUUAUUUAUGAUGUAUAAGAAACUUUCUGUGUUUACAACUCGUGGUAGAAUACAGACCCAGAAAUUUAGCGCAAGAAACUGCAGCUUCAAAUUAGUAGGCAUCGGUCGACCGUGGAUCCAGAAAGUUUUCUGGAAAAGCUGCAGGAAAUCUUUGAGAAGAAAGUUUCUCAAAGCCAUUUCCUAUUUGAAGUCUCAGAUUCAGAGACCUGUUCAGUUUAUAAGCAGGGCAUUCGAUAUGAACAAUAACACAUCCGGAAUUUUAUGUGAAAACAAACAGCGUACAAUCAACACCUGCCUAAAAGAGGAGACUGUUAAACUGGAUAGCACUGAGGAUCAGCUUGCAAGUGUUGCAUCCGGCAAACAUAUAUUGAAAAGCAGCCAGCGUCUACAUUGCACAGCUAGUCAGUGGGAAGGUGGGGAGUCCAUACCUAGAAAAGUGGGUGAGCUGCCUACAGCAAACAGUUCUUCUGAUGAUUCGUAUGUUUUUGUAAUGGGAAAAGAAGUGUCCAUAUCAUGUCAGGAGGAUGCAGAAUCCCAGAUGGAGGAGGAUGAUGAGCGGAUGUUGCUGGCACCUGACAAAUUAAAGUUAUGUUCAAAUGAAAAUGCUGAAUACCAGGACAACAUUCCCAUGGACGUGGUGGAAAAUGGUGCAGAUCCCUGCCACAUGGAUGUUGAAGGAUCCAGAAACUUGGGUUUCUGUAACACAAAGCUAUUAGACCAUCCUUACUGUAAGAGUCCGUCACAAGGAUCCACUUCUGAUGAGGCAUUAGAUGCCAUGGGGAACACAGAGGUGAAGAAUGGCAAGAAAAUUGAUAGCUGUGUCCCUGAUGAGCAGCUGUCAUCCUGUCUCUUUGGCCUUCUAAAUGAAAUUAUUAAGAAAUAUGGAAGCCUGAUUCCGCUGUCUGAAAAAGAUGUGCUGACUCGAUUAAAGGAGUUGUUUAAUGAGGACUUUUCCAACAGGAUAUCCUUCAUUAGCAGAGAGAUUAUGAAAUAUCGGGCAAAGCAUUCCAAAGCUGCUGUGUGCAAUUUCCGUAUCUUGUACAACAGGCACGUGCUUGAUAUGGAUGACCUUGCUACUUUAGAUGGGCAGAAUUGGCUCAAUGAUCAGGUUAUUAACAUGUAUGGUGAGCUAAUAAUGGAUGCGGUACCUGACAAGGUCCAUUUCCUAAACAGUUUUUUUCAUAGACAACUCGUGACCAAAGGUUAUAAUGGAGUAAAAAGAUGGACUAAAAAGGUGGAUGUUUUCAAAAAGACCCUGCUAUUAAUUCCGAUACACCUAGAAGUCCACUGGUCACUUAUUACUGUGAACAUCCCCAAUAAAUUAAUUUCCUUUUAUGACUCCCAAGGCAUACACUUUAAAUUUUGUGUGGAGAAUAUACGAAAGUAUCUCCUUACAGAAGCAAAAGAGAAAAAUCACCCAGAGUUCCUCAGUGGGUGGCAGACUGCUGUUACAAAGUGCAUUCCACAACAGAAGAAUGACAGUGACUGUGGCGUGUUUGUGCUUCAGUACUGCAAGUGCCUCGCUUUAGAACAGCCUUUCCAGUUUUCCCAAGAAGACAUGCCUCGCGUGCGGAAAAGGAUUUAUAAAGAACUGUGUGAAUGCCGACUCAUGGAUUAACCAUCGUUGCUGUACUUGAAUCCCUGAAUACUUCCACAACUUUUCAAACAUAAGUUUAGAAGGGUGUCUCACCCUACAUUGUUACCUCAGAUGUUUCUUUUUUUUCUUAUUCUUUUGAGACAUGAAGUUGAUCAGCUGUGGGACAUUAAAGAAGCCUCCAUGAGCAUUCACGAUUUUGAUCUUUGUAUUUAAUAUUUAUUAUGUAAGCAUGCAAAUUCUCAAAAAGCAUGCAGCAGUAAGAACUGUAGAUUUGAUGCACCUUUUGACUUGUAUAUAAAAAUUACAAAAAAAACCUUUAAAUUUUGUUUAUAUAAAUAUAGCAGGUACAUUUUUUUGUUUUGUCCAAUUAAAUUGUACUUACAUUUAAAAAAAAAAAA